GCCAGAGUUAGCCGCCAGGGCUGAGUCUCCCUCUGAGGGAGACAGACAUACUGACAGAGAAAGUGAGCAAGGGACGAGGGAGAAAGUAAGAGAACAGGAAAGAGGGGAGGCAGAGAGACAGGAAAACCCAUCAGAGGAAAAGAGAGACAGGCAAGAAUUGAGUGAAGAAGAGGAGAAGGGAAAAGAAGAGACGGUAAAAGACAGACUGAAUUGAGUAUCAGUCUGUCUUUGUCUCCUCUGACAGAACAAAGUCAUGGCUGAGAACAACACAAAUCUCUUUCUGGAAAUACUUCAGUCUUUUGAUGCUGUCCCUCUGAUCAUAGCUUUCUGUGUGUCCAUGGCGGUGGGUCUGGUCUUAGGGGCUCUGGUUUACGUGAUGUUGACCUGGAUGUCCCGACGUAGAGCAGGCUCUGCCAGCAUCACCCGCCGCCCUCCUCGCCAAUCACGCACGUCUUCCCGCAACCGGCCAGGCUUUAACCGCAACAGCAGCUACGACCGGCGCAGCAACAACAGUUUGGUCAGUGCUGCUUUCAGCUUCCACCGCCAGACUUCAUCCCCAGAUCACCUCGACCCACUGGGGCACAAAUCCAGUUUCAGAGCCUCCACCUUCCACCCUCUCCUCCAGUGCAGCCAAAUCGCAAGGGAGGCGGAGGAAGGGAGCCAGACUACGCUGCCCCGUACACCCACUCUGACCACGGCGACUGGAUCAUCUCAGACAGCAGCCCAGCCAGCUGCCACCCAACCCAGACCCGAGUCAUUUUGGGGGAAUAAUGGCCUGAGGGGAUUCCAAACUACACAGACCCCACCUCCAGCUUAUGAGAGCAUUAUUAGAGCUUAUCAGGAAACAUGCACCUGAGAGGAGUGAAAGCAGCAGGCUGACUCUUGAUGAGCCCAGAGUUGUGAAUGGAUUUACAAAUGAUAUUGGACUGAAGCUGUAUUGAUUUAUAUGACCAGGUGGAGCUGAGUGGAGCGAACAAAGACGUCAAUGUCAAUUGCGUGCCCAGCUUAAUACAAUAAGACUCUGAAACAAGUCAUCAGUUUUGUAUGUCUUUUGGUUUGUUUAUAUCUGGUGUUGACAUAAGCAUACUUGCCUUUCAUAACUCAAUACAGAUGCAAAAUAUUUACAGUCUUUUGACCCUCACAGCAAUGUGGUAGUGGCUACUUAUGAAGAGAAAUUAUUCUUCUUAAAAUUAGCAGUCUAUAUUUAGUGGCGAUUGACACACAUGUAUGUUUGCACAGAAUCUUUGUUUAAUUAAGACAAGACAAACAACUGCACACACAUACUGGUGACUGGGUAUUUAUGCUGCAAAGCAAGACUUCUCCUUUGUCCCUGCUGAUCAUCUAACAACUAUUCCAAAAGACAGAAGUAUUGUGUGUGCCUACCCCAAACAAAGGCGAUUGUUUGUGUGUUAACCUGUGAUUAAGAAACUGUAGAAGUUUCACUGACAUAUUGAUGCAAACCCUAGCGAAGACACCUUUAAACUAAUUUGAUGUUUUAAUUGCUUCCUCGUGAGGUUAUUUUACAGAGAUGUGGUAUUUUGAGUGCAUGUGGCAUUCAAAGUAAUUUGGUGUGUCUGUGUGUGUGUGCGUUUGCAUGUGCAGGGUCUGCAUUUUUGUGAGUGUUUGUAUUUCAUAUUUGAAUGUGAUUUACUUAACUUGGCUGAUUAAGUUAAUGCAAUAAAAGCAAGA